AUGCUAACCGCAAAUCCCUCGGAAAAGGUAUACGCUACAAUUUAAAUCCAUAGUCUGAUUCAUAUUAGGAAGGGAACAUUUUACAGACACAGGCUGUAAACCUGAGAUUUUUUUUUACAUUGUCAUUUUCUUGAUAUAUAUAUAUUUUUUUAGUUUAUUGUGGAUGUCAUUCUCCAACAAAGUAUAAAUUAUAAAAAAAAAAAUCACAUUAAUAUGUACAUAUUACAUAUGUUCUGUAAUCUACAUUAACUGAAUUUCUAUUUGUUUAGGUGGAUUUCAUUAGAGCACCCCCAGCAGAACGAUUUGUGGAUGUUCCUUCUGGAGUGAAAUUUCCAGUGUGUCCUAAACAACCUGUCCAGUUCUGUACCACCAAGCUCUCGGAAAAGGUAUUUAAUACUAAUCCAGACUAGUAAGCAGAUAUUUUCAAGACAAUUGAAAUAGGGCUACGGAUUGAUAUGAAGGGUUGUAUAUUUAAUGCCAAGCCAUGGAAUGAUUAAUUAAAGUAAGCAUUAAAAGAUUUUAUAAAUUAGUAUCUCACAUCAAUCAUUAGUUCUAUUGUAGAUUAUUAACUCUUCUACUAUAUAACAAAAUAGCUGAAGUGGAUAAGCAUUAGUCUACUAUGUUUAACCUACUAUGUUUAACCUUUCAAACAAUCCCCAAUUAUUUCAUAUAUUGGUUGUUUUAUGCUAAUGAGUGUUCUUCAGAAUAGGUUUACAGAAUGAGUGCACAAAUGUUUUGUUAUAAUGUUUUUGCAGCUUUAUAAGCCAAGUCCAUCAUUUGACCUUGAGGAUCCAUAUUGUCGUUUGAUGAGGACAACCUACAAUAACCUGCAUGACCCAUACUUAAAAGAAUAUUACCAGAGUAAAGUACCCCGACAACGGAUACGUCAGCAGGGAUUUAUCACCAGUGAUGAUAAGGUAGGAUAA